ACACGUCUCCAUUGACCCAGACGCAUGCCUAAUCGUUUUGCUUCCGGAGCCACAAUUGGCCGACAGACGUACAGCAUAUCAUAAAGCCGUCUGCUUGAGGCCGCAUAUGUGGCAUACACAACGCAAGCCUCGGUAUUUUUUUUUUUUCAUAAUUGAAUGGCGCUGCCGCGUAUGAGGUCUAUAAUGAGGCUGUUAUGCCCUCCUCGGUCGAUUCAUCCACGUCGGAAGUGGCAGAAUGAUGUCAGCACAGCUCGUUCGGCGAAGUCGUUCCUUUGCAUUUAACCUCUAAAACUCUCGAUAUCGUUUCCACACUCACUAAAAACGGCAAAGAAGCGUCAGAGAACUUUCUUUCUUUUCUUUUCUCGUUGUUUUGAGCCUUUCGUUUCACUUUCUCCAUUUCGUGCACAUGAAUAAACCAACGGUGCGUAUACCUUGUAAUGCGCCACGGGCGAGCCUUUCCGUUCCGGCGCACACCGCGGGAUCGUCCAUGCGUGCGGGGCAUUUACGGCAGAGAUUCCCCAUUGCCGAAGCUGUAGCGUGCCUACUCGCAACAGUGGCUGUAUCCUGCGAGCGGCGACCAUCGGUGCCCAGUCGUCGUCGUCAUCGUCGCGCUGUUUUUCGACUGCGACCCGAACAAGGAAGCCACGCUUGCAAGGCAGUGGCGCUGAUUGAGAGAGAUUGGGUUGAGAGCGCUGGCGACGUUGCACUUCGCAACAUUGUUGCCUUCCGUGCAGCGUUCUGGGGCGAAGCUUAAAGCAUUUCGCCGCGGCCCUUGACUGCCGUCGUAAAGAGUGAACUGUUGCUGUGUGCGGCACCCGAAAAAAAACGGGAGGAGUUUAACGUUCGUCAUGACGCCCAAAAAGUGUAUAUAGCUCGGUGCUGACGGACAUCGGUUCGAUCUGACCAGCUGCAACGAAGGGUACUCAUUCGCGGCAGCGACUGUUCCUGCCGGCACGGCAGCCAUUUGCAGUUAUACCAUAGUCGCCGACGCGCACUGUGGCAGUUUCGUGCCCGAAGGAGGACGACAUGGCGUCCAAGGUGGCUCUGUGCUGCAACGUCAAGCUGGGGCUGGGUGUCGGCACGAACAACGUGAACGCCAGGGACUGUUGCGCUCCUUCGAGGCCCUACGUUCGCGACUGCAGACGGGCCCUGGAUGAUCCCGAGAACUUCUGGGCCGAGACAGCCGCGAGGCUCACCUGGUACCGCAAGUGGGACAGGGUGCUCGACCAGUCCAGGAAGCCACGGACCAAGUGGUUUCCGGGUGGCGAGAUCAGUGUGUGCUACAACGCCGUCGACCGGCAUGUGGAGGCCGGGCGAGGGGACAACGUGGCCAUCAUCUACGACAGCCCCGUGACCAACAUGGUGGCCAAGAUCACCUACAAGGAGCUCAAGGAACAGGUGUCCCGCUUGGCGGGCGUUCUGAAGGGGUGGGGCAUCCGCAAGGGCGACCGCGUCAUCAUCUACAUGCCCAUGAUCCCGGAGACCAUCUACGCCAUGCUGGCCUGCUCGCGCAUCGGCGCCAUACACUCACUCGUCUUCGGCGGGUUCGCCGCCAAGGAGCUCGCUGUGCGAAUCAACCACGCCAAGGCAGACGCCUGCCUGUCGGCCAACUUCGGCAUCGAACCGAAAAAGACGGUGCCAUACAAGGCCAUCCUGGACGAAGCCAUCAAGAUAUCCGAACACAAGCCCAAGAAGUGCCUCAUCUUCAUCCGCCCGGGACAGGACGACAUCCCCAUGACUUCGGGUCGGGACGAAGUGUGGACGGAAGCGGUGGACGCAGCGCAGCCUGCCGAAUGCGUCCCCAUCGAGGCCAUGGAACCCCUGUACAUCCUCUACACCUCCGGAACCACCGGUCUACCCAAGGCUGUGGUCCGUCCAGCGGGCGGCCACGCGGUCAACCUGCUGUACACUCUGGAGAAGGUGUACGGAGUCAAGGACGACGACGUGUGGUGGGCCGCCUCGGACCUCGGCUGGGUGGUCGGGCACUCGUACAUCUGCUACGCGCCCCUGCUCAAGGGUGUCACCACCGUCCUGUACGAGGGCAAGCCCGUGGGCACUCCCGACGCGAGCAGCUUCUUCCGGGUGGUCAGCGACUACGGCGUCUGCGGCAUGUUCACUGCGCCCACGGCCAUGAGGGUCAUCCGCAAGGAGGAUCCCGAAGGACAGCUGGGAAAGAAGUUUCCUGGAAAAAAGCUGCGGCACCUGUUCCUGGCCGGCGAACGGUGCGACCAGGAGACACUCCGGUGGGCCGAGCAGGCGUUCGGCGUUCCCACGCUCGACAACUGGUGGCAGACCGAGACCGGUACGCCUGUGACUUCUACCUGUGUGGGACUAGGCAACACUACACAGGUUCCAGAUGAAGCGACGGGACUGCCAGUUCCAGGAUGGAACGUGAAGAUAUUGUUGGAGGACGGCUUGGAAGCGGCUCCCAACCAGCUGGGUAACGUGGCCAUAAGGUUGCCAAUGCCCCCUGGAGCCCUGUCGACAUUGUUCAGAGCAGACGACGUUUUCAUUGUCAAGUACUUCGAGAAAUUUCCGGGCUAUUACGACACCAUGGACACCGGCAUGUUGCAUAAGAACGGCUACGUCAGCAUCUUUUCCAGGAGCGACGACGUCAUCAACGUCGCCGGACACCGCCUGUCAACGUCACAGAUUGAGGAGGCCAUCAUGAAGCACGACGGCGUCGCAGAGUGCGCGGUCAUCGGCGUUCCGGAUCCGAUCAAGGGAGAGGUCCCGCUCGCCCUCUUCGUUCUCAAAGAUGACAAGUCGAAGGCGCUGGAGCAGGUCCGCCGAGAGAUCAUCGAACUGGUGCGCAGCGACGUGGGACCCGUGGCCGCCUUCAGCCUCUGCAACCGAGUGCCGGCGCUGCCCAAGACGCGCUCGGGCAAGAUACCCAGGAAGACCAUCUCGGACCUGGCCCGCGGGAAGAGCGUCAAGAUCCCAGUCACAAUUGAGGACCCUUUGGUGUACAAGGCAAUCAAGGCAGCACUUACUGAACUUGGAUAUGCAAAGGAUGCACCCGAUCCAAAAUGAAUAAAAAGUCUGCGUAGCUGAAUGUAAUAAAACCUUGCAUUAAAAUAUAAAAAUUUUGAAGCCUGCUCAUUGCCCACUUGCAUCUAUGACAUACUAUGUAUUCUAUCAACAGACACAAUAACCCCAAAAAUUAAGAAAAUUUUUAUUGAGAGACAUCUCAAAACCUUUGUGUAAAUCCCAGUUGUAAUUUUUUCUAAGCGCCCAUCUUGCAGAAUACUGCAAAGUGCAUUCAAUAGAAGGCUGUACUUUGGGCACACGCACAUGCACAAAUAAUGCACAAAACCCAGCAUUUUCCAAGCCAGGUUUGGACAUCACCACACUGAAUAGAAACCAUUAACUCUUAAGGCAUAGUCAAUAUACCUGAACAAUAUCAAGUAGAAAUGACAAUUUCUUCUAGCUACUAGAUGGAAAAAGAGGUCAAAGUUGGAGGGGUUAGUGUUGGUUGUUUUUGUGCACGAGUGUGCGUGCCAUAAAGCCACCGGCACUUUUUUGAGUCAGGAGAUUAAAAAAAAAAACACACACAUUACCACAGUACAAUGCCACUUACACAAUUUACACAAGCACACUGUUAAUCUGGAGCUUAAUUUUCAGCAAGGCCACACAGUGUUGGGCUUCAUUAAAAACACUUUAUUCAGAUGUCGUACAAAUUAAGCCAACGUUUUGAGCUCGGAAGCAUCACAUUUUGAUGCAGACUGCUACACCAAGGAAGCUUUCCUUGUUCCCUAAGUCGGCAAACACCAGUGACCAGCCAAUUGGUGUAUUCUGCUUGGUUGUCCCCACAAGUGGGUCAUGGCACCCCAGCCUCAUACUUGCAAGCCCCACGCGGCAGGGAAGGCUGAUCAAUCACUCACCUGCUUCGCCUCUCCCCCGCUUUCGUCCCACUCACCCCUAUCCCAACCUCACCAUGACUACAAUUUCACCAGACAGGAUUUUUAACAAGGCACAUGACGCUGUGCCGUGGAUAAAUGGCAAGCCAACUAGUGAAGCUGCACGAAAGCUGCAUUGCGCAGCCUUGGCCACCAGAGUCUCUUUAUUGUUUUUACAUCCUUAAAUGAAUACAAGUGCAGGCACAAAGGAAAAAGGAUGUACGCACAAGUAUUAAAGUGGGCUUUUAAGCAAUCACGCUGCACAAAUUACUCUAUUUACACUUGAUCUCACAUGAUCAAAAAACACUCCCCGAGCAGCACAAUGGUGUAACGAAAACUGUUGGUGCUGUCGCUGGUGGCACAACUGUGAAAACUGCACGUUAGUUUCUCUCUGAGACCACGAAGAGCAAGCCAGAAAAGUAGUCCUAAAAAUAAGGAAUACAUACGAGCCCCGAUGUGCCUGCACAAUAAUAAAAUUAAAACAUGCAGCACAGCUUUAAUUAACACGAUGUUCGCAUGACGGCACACAACAGCUGUGCGAAUUCUGAAACAGAGAACACCCGCUCUACGCUUACAAAAAUUCUUUAGCUGCAUGCAGUGAUAGCUUUACGGCUCAGAGCAGCACAUUCACACGGCUACGCUGCCUUUCUAAAGGCACCGCCGAUACUCAACCCCACCACAGACCACCACCACCUCAUUCACAGCCAGUGAGCAACCGCAACGGAAGGUCACCUACAUAUUGCAGCCAGCCGCAUUGAUCUGGCACGGGCCAACGCCACAUGCGAAA